AUGCAUUUACGAACUGAAGGAAGAAUUAGACCACACGGGGAUUGCAGAUACGAAUUGGUCACCCCAAUAGGCGGACCUAUAAAGGUCAACAAGCCCCUUGCAAUGCUGCCGGAUCCUGAAGACAUUGCCCAAUUACCAAAGGAUAACGAAGUCAAAUCAAUGGAAGUAGCUUCUCGGUCUUCAUCUCGGACGCGAACUUCAACAGGUGGCUCUACACCUGUUCCUGUUUCUCCAAUCACAAAACCACGAUUAUGGCCAACCGAUAUUCCCAAGGGCUAUACUGCUUCAUCUGCCCAAGCAACAUCUUCUUGGAGCGCUUGUUCGGACAAGCAGCUUGGUAGCCCAUCAUCUACUACCAACGACCGAGUCUUUCCAAUUAGAAGUGUCGUCAGUGUCGAUCCCACUCAGACCCCAUCUUCAUUCUCGGGUAGAGGAUCGGUUUCUGGUGAAAUGAAUGACUAUUUUCCACGCCCUCCAAGUGUAGCAAGCAAAGAUGGAGGUGGGAGAGGUGUGAGAUAUUCAGAUUCGGAUGGAAAGACAACUCCUCGCCAAAGAGGUCAGAUGGAAUUUAGUGCUGAUCCCAGAAGAGUAGAUCGCAAGUCGUCUACCUCUACAACUCGUAGUGAGUUCAGAGGCAGUCGCUUGCAACAAUUCCUGGACAAUGCAUCUGAUAGAUCUGUUGACACACGCAAUUCCAGCGCAAAACAAUCAUCGGUUGGAAAUAUGUCUGGAAACAUGUCUGGAAACAUGUCUGUAUCCGACGACGGUGGACUUGGAGGGCUAGUAACGGCCCGAUUUAAGCACAUCGUGACUGCAGAAGGACAUGCCAUCAUUACUGGUCGUGAUGGAGAGGUCUUGCAGAAAUGCGAGGAUGAACCAAUUCACAUUCCUGGAGCUAUACAAGGCUUUGGCUUACUCAUUGCAUUAUCAGAGCAUGAAGAUAAUCAACUCUUGGUUCGUCUUGUUAGUGAAAACUCCCAACGCAUGAUUGGAUAUACGCCUCAGGAGCUUUUUCGACUGGAUAGCUUUCUAGAUAUAUUGAGCGAAGACCAACAGGAAAAUCUCCUUGAUCAUAUCGAUUUUAUUCGCGAUGAAGACGCGGAUCCCGCCUCAAAUGGUCCAGAAGUUUUUACAGUCUCAAUUCGUCACCCAAGAACUCAUAGAUCUAAAAAGCUUUGGGUAGCUAUGCAUAUAAACCCUGUCAACCCAGAAAUGAUCAUCUGUGAGUUUGAACUCGAUGAUGACCAAGUCUAUCCUCUCGUUCCAGAACAGGAAAGAACGCCCGAGCCCCCAGAGGAUACACUCAGCAGCAAUCCAACAAAGGAGGAAUUCGAUGAGAGUACGGUCAAUACGAGCAAACCCCUCCGAGUCUUGAGAAACGCCCGAAAGCGCAAAGGCGAAGCCGCUGCUAUGGAGGUCUUUAAUAUUAUGUCCCAGGUACAAGAGCAACUUGCGACUGCGCCGAACUUGGAGCUUUUCCUUAAGACUCUUGUAGGUGUGGUCAAAGAGUUGACAGGUUUUCAUCGUGUCAUGGUAUACCAGUUCGAUGCUUCAUAUAAUGGUCGAGUGGUUACUGAGCUUGUUGACCCUCGAGCGACUAAAGAUCUCUAUAAAGGACUGAAUUUUCCGGCAUCCGACAUUCCUAAGCAAGCUCGAGAAUUAUACAAAACCAACAAAGUUCGCCUUCUUUAUGAUAGGGAUUUAGAAACUGCACGACUUGUCUGUCGCGGUGUUGAGGAGCUUGAAAACCCUCUUGAUCUAUCAUAUGCUUAUCUUCGAGCCAUGUCACCUAUACACAUUAAAUAUCUCGCGAACAUGGCAGUUCGAUCCUCAAUGUCUAUUUCAAUCAAUGCGUUCGGCGAGUUGUGGGGCUUGAUUGCUUGUCACACUUAUGGCCCGAAAGGGAUGCGAGUCUCUUUUCCUAUUCGAAAGAUGUGUCGGCUAGUGGGUGAUACUGCGUCAAGGAAUAUUGAAAGAUUAUCAUAUGCUUCACGACUUCAAGCUCGCAAGCUCAUCAAUACAGUUCCAACACAGGCCAACCCUUCCGGUUACAUAAUAGCAUCUUCUGACGACCUUCUGAAGUUGUUCGAUGCUGAUUUUGGCCUCCUUUCGAUCAAAGGAGAGACUAAGAUAUUGGGCAAGAUUAACCAAUCUCACGAGGCACUUGCUAUGCUGGAAUAUAUGCGAAUGCGUAAAAUAAACACCGUUGUCACCUCUCAAGACAUUAAACAAGACUUUCCGGAUCUUCGAUAUCCCCCAGGAUUCAACGUCAUUGCGGGCUUACUUUUGGUACCUUUAAACUCAGAGGGCGAAGACUUCAUUGUAUUUUUCCGUGCUGGACAAAUCAGGAACGUCAAAUGGGCAGGCAAUCCGUACGAAAAAUUUAUCAAAGAAGGCACUGAGGGCUAUCUGGAGCCGAGAAAAAGUUUCAAGACGUGGAAUGAGACUGUGAUUGGAAAAUGCCGUGAAUGGACAGAGGAACAAGUGGAAACCGCUGCCGUGCUCUGUCUAGUUUAUGGAAAGUUCAUCGAGGUUUGGCGUCAAAAAGAAGCAGCAUUACAAAGCAGUCAGCUUACACGGCUGUUGCUGGCCAAUUCUGCUCAUGAAGUCCGAACUCCUCUGAACGCAAUUAUUAACUACCUGGAGAUUGCGCUCGAGGGCGCAUUAGACCAAGAAACAAGAGAGAAUUUGUCCAAAUCACACUCUGCCUCCAAGUCACUAAUUUAUGUCAUCAACGACUUGCUAGACUUGACGAAAACUGAAGAAGGCAUGGAUCUGGUCAAGGAUGAGAUUUUCGAUCUCCCGGCUGCUAUAAGAGAGGCAACCGACUUGUUCAAGGGCGAUGUGAAGCGAAAGGGCAUUGAAUAUACCGUGGUCGAGCAUCCUGGUGUUCCACAAUUUGUGCAUGGAGACCAAAGACGUGUUAGGCAAGCAGUUGCUAAUAUUACGGCAAACGCUGUGCAACACACGUCAAGUGGCUUUGUUCAUGUUGAAAUCUGGUUGCAAGAAAUCAUCGAUAAUAGAGUCAACGUCGAAAUCAUUGUUGAAGACAGUGGCGACGGUAUGUCGAAUCAAAAACUUGAUACAAUUUUUCGAGAUCUCGAACAAGUUGAUGGCGAUCCUUCGUUUGAAGACGAAGGCAAUGAGAAAGCUCUCAUUGAUGGCAACCGUACGAUAGGUCUUGGUUUGGCAAUGGUAGCUAGAAUUGUUAGAAAUAUGGACGGCCAGCUACGUUUGAAGUCAGAAAUUGGGAAGGGUUCGCGAUUUGUCAUUCAGUUGCCCUUCUUUCUUCCUGACGAUAGUUCACAAAAUUCUGGGAAUCAAGAGAAGGCUACUUUCUUAAGUUCUUCAUCUGUAUCACCACCGCUCGCGACGCCACCUCCUGCAAGCACCCCUGGCGAGGUGACUCUUGUCAAGUCAUCAGGACAUCUUAAACAAUCAGCUCCCGAUCCUUCUUCGCUUGCUCGCAAGCACAGUAUAGAAGAGAUUGCAAGUUUGCACAGCUUCAAAAGUAAUAACAGCAGUAAAGCUAGCGGGAAAAGUGAUGUGGAUCGAUUCAUUGAUGCUAUUACUGGCCCAGCCAGUAAUGCGCAGGGAGAUUCUUUGCAACGUGUUGAUAGCAAGGACCGACACAGUCUUAAUAGUAUGCCUGAAACUAGGCUGACCUCGAAAUCAGGCCAGUCCGCCAAAUUGAAACGUUCAGCCUCGUACACUGCGCCUGAUUAUCCCAUAUUAGAAGAUUCACAAGCUGUGGGAAGCAGGAUUGUUGCUGGCAGCAAAACACCAGUGAGAGCUGUGAGGAUGCCAGACGAAUUCUCAGAAAAUACGAACACAAAUGCUCCUCCAGUUGCUGCGAAGUCAGAACCUUUAAAUACAGAGAAUUUGAAGGUUCUGGUCGCCGAGGACGAUCCCGUCAAUAGUCGUAUAAUCAAUAAGAGACUGGACAAAAGUGGCCAUGAGGUUUACCACACCAUAAACGGGGAAGAGUGUGCAAGUGCCUACGGAGACAACGUCAAGAAGUCCGCUGCAACGACUUCAUCGGCAGAUAAACGUUUCGACGUAGUACUUAUGGAUAUGCAAAUGCCGAUAGUCGAUGGACUUACUUCAACAAAGAUGAUAAGGUCAUUCGAAAAGACUUAUCUCGAUCUGUCGCCCCGAGCCAAGCUCAAUGGAAGAGUACCUAUUUUUGCCGUAUCAGCUUCUCUUAUUGAGCGUGAACGGCAAACAUACAUCGAUGCUGGUUUUGACGGCUGGGUAUUGAAGCCCAUCGACUUCAAACGGCUAAAUGUUUUACUCAAAGGCAUUGUUGAUAGCAAAGUUCGAGAUUCGUGCUUGUACCAACCGGGACAAUGGGAGCGCGGAGGUUGGUUUCAUAAAAUGCAACCGUCAGCAUUGCAAUCCUCAACAGCACCCUCCAACAAAUCGCCAGUACAGAAUCCCCCUCAGAAAGGACCAGAGCCUCUUCAACCUGAUAAGGAUUCACUUGACAGUGAUACUGGGUCUACAACCCCGAGGGAAGAAAAAAAGCGGCCAUUGAUAUACGAUGAAAGACUGAAUGCUACCAACGAGGCUCUCGAUGCUACGGCCGAUAUUGAUGUGGGACCUCAAUAUAACCUUUCGACCGCUGAUGAAAGACCUGUAACGGAUGUUAGCACUGAAAAUGACACACCAGCCGUCGACAAACUUCUUGGCGAUGAUACUGGAGAGAACACUAAACCUGAAACUGCCAGUGAUGCAUCAGCUCAUGUGGAGCCUGAACCCACUACCGAAAGUAAUCCUGAAGAGGUUGAUGUCUCAAAUACUGAGGAGCCAUUAGCUGAUCCCACAAAGGUUGAAGAAUCAACCACAGAAAGCACAGAUAAUUCUGAAGUACCCGAUUCAACAGAAUAA